GGGCGUGUUCAAACACACCACCCGGGCGGCAGGAGGCAUUCUGCUGAGUUAUUGCACCCGCGAGCAGCGGCACCGCCUCUGUGGAUGCGCCGACAACAUUUAUAUGCAGGGAAUACAAAGAAGAGAAAGAGCUGUCCGCGUGCUCCGACUGGAUUUCCCGGGAGAUCGAUCUCAUCGCCUCGGUUGCUGUUGUUUUUUAGAUGAAUCCGACCCCCGUUGUCUACCUGCUGGGGGCCUACUACUGAAACACCACCCGGCCCAAUGAAUGGGGAUGCUCGGUUCCCCGGCUGACUGUUGUUGAAGCACCUCAAAUCAUUCCACGGUCGUCUUAAGGAAUUUAUUCAAGACUUCUCAGUGCCAACCGCCACCAUGCCGAUCCUAAAACAGCUGGUGUCUGGCUCCUCCCACAGCAAGCGCCGCUCGCGCUUGGACCUGACCAGGGAGAUGAUCAGUGCCCCGCUGGGCGACUUUCGCCACACCAUGCACGUGGGCCGCAGCGGCGACGCGUUCGGCGACACCUCCUUCCUCAGCACGCGCUCGGGGGAACCCCCGCCCGAAAACAACUUCUACCCGCGCUCCCCUCGGCCCGGCCUCCUGUCCCGCACCUUCCGGAGCAGCAAGCGCUCCCAGUCAGUGAACCGAGUGGACGAGCAGAUGACUCCCGCCGGGUCGCCCACCUACGUGAAGAACGCCAUGUCACUCCCCUUCCUCAACGAUGACGUCAGGGCGGACAGCGCCGUGGCGAAGAGUCUGUCCUCAAGUCCCUUGAAGCAGCAUGGGGAGGCGGACGGGAACGGCGCGGCCGCCCGCCACCUGGAGCUGGAGGAGAUGCGCUUCGGCGAGCUAACCGAGCUCCCGGAGAGCCCCCACCGCCACUACGGCGGCGGGAUGAAGCACGCCGAGUCGGUCAUGUCGUUCCACGUGGACCUGGGGCCCUCCAUGCUGGGUGACAUCCUGGGCGUGAUGGAAAAGGAGGACGACGACCUCGGCUACGAGGAGGGCAAGAGCAGCGAGGGCCGCGCCUCGCCGCCUCUCAGCACCCGCGGCGAGGAAGAGGAUAGCGUGGAGGGGAGAAAGGACGGGGAGACUGAGGAAGAAGAGGACUCUGCAGACCUGCAGCACGGCACCUCUCUGGAUCCAGCCGGAGCCGUGGACCCGGGGCCCCCGGACGUCGGCCCGUACACGCCCGAGACUCGGCCCAGACACCUGCAGCAUCUGGACAGCUGCUCCAUGUCCAGCUCCGGCUCCGCUGCCCUGGACGAGAAGCCAAACGGCCAGAACUACGCAGGAGACACGGACAGCGCCACCUUCAGUGCCCCGCCAGAGGAGGAGAGCAACUUCUCCUCCUUCCUGGAGGAUGAGGACGACGAGAUCCGCGUAUGAGUCUCGGAAAGGGGUUGAUUUGAAACCGGCGAGUCCUUUCCCGGCGCGCUGCGGUCGGGUACUGUGUGGGUAACGGGACUGUGGAAAAGAUGGAGGACGCUUUCUUUGUAGGUCUGCGAGGAACGAGUGAAUGCUCCUUGUGGGAGAGCCCAGACUCCAUCUGUCAGAGAGCCUUUCCCUCAUGAACGCUGAGGGAACUGACGGGGAAGAGCAGCCACUCGUUUUAGGAAACUUUUUAAGGAAAAAACACUUUCCAUAACUAAAGCUCAGUUCACCCUUUGUGUCUCUUUCCUCUCACUCGUCACAUGGCUUUUUAGAUUUGGUUCGUCUCCUUUCUGUGCUUUCCCCUCACUGGCCGCGGGACAUCAUGAGGCUUUAAGUGAACAGAAGGCCUCUUAUCACCAUAGCGUUACUGCUGGGUAUCUUGUAACAAUGAAGGGGGCUGUGUUUGUCACUGGAGUGUGAAGGCCUGCCUCGAGCCCCUUUCAUCUGAAAUGAAUAUAGUACAGUGUCAUUGAUCUGUCAGUUUUCUCCCUUCUGCAACUCGGGGUCCUUGUGACGCUGCUCAAAGUCGACCCUUUUUCAAGCCGUAAAGCUGGACGGCAAAGCCCAAAACCAACUUGUCUUCGGUGUUUCAUUCACACAGGCUCAGUGUAGAUUAGAGCAAACCAGGACUUUAAAACUGAUGACGACGCAUUGACUAGAAAGCAUUGUGUUACCACAGGAAGCCGGAGGAGUAAAGCGCGGCGUGUGACCCAAAGGGGAGAAAUUGUACACUGUGUUGAUUUGUCCCUUUUUUUUUCUUCCAAUGAACAGAUUGGUGUUUUGUUUCUUUCACCCUGCAGCGACAUGAUGAUGAUGAUGAUGUUUCAGAUUUCCAAUAACUUAAGUGGUGCCUUCCACACUGCAAUCUGUCAUAUCAAGUUGAAACUGAAAAGGGUUUUGAUAACCACUUCCUUCCUUGUUUUUGUACAUCCAGGCAGCUGCAGCGGAGCAACUGAACAGUGUGAAAGAUGUUGACCCUUGUUAGUUCAAGGGCCGCCGUCAUGUAUGAAGAGCUUUCCACUACUAUGUGGGCAGGGCUUGGUGCGAUUUAUUGUGCAAAAUCAUUAGGCAACGUUUAGGCCAGACACUACAAGCAGUUUGUGGUUAAUACCGUGUUCAUUUUCAUGUUUAAAAAAAAUAAUAAUCUUUGUUAUAUUUAUGUUACGUCUGUUCAUAGAGUGGAUGAAAAGGAAUCUAUUCAAUAGCCUUCAAUAAAAUGUUGCUAUUUUUAUGCGAGUUGCAUUGUCGUUGCAGCUCGACUGUAUUUCUUGCAUCAUUAAAAGCUGCGGCCAGAAGUAUUAAGGCGCAGUUGCGCUGAUUGAUUUCGCUGCCUUAACUGAAACAGACAGAUGUGCCAAAAUUGUAAUCUUCAAGCCAAAAUAAUUCUACUCAUGGAGCUCACUUUUGGGAGAGUCAGUCAAAUCUGCUUGGCACUUCCUUCUUUGUAUCCCUUUUAAGUUUUAGGGCUAAGUUUAAGCUUGUAUGUGCAAAAAUAAAGAUGUGUUCUAAAAUGAAAACAUUUGCAUAACUGGAUAUUUAUAUUUCCAAUCUCUCACACUACAUGAUGUAUUCAGGUAAUUUCUAGUGUUAAAGGUUUGUGCGACUGGGAAGUUAUCAAUUGUAUCCAUUUUUAUAUAAUGUACUUCUUUACUUAUACCUUUUUUUUUUGUAUUCUCUAAAAUAACCUAUAUUUUUCAAUAAAAGGAAUCCUCGACA